AUGGAUGAAGUUAAUGAAACAGCUGAUGCCAUCUUUGGUGAUCGUCUUCGUCGUUUCCAGGAAUUUUUAGAUGCAGCUGAUGGGUCAACAGAUUAUAGAGAAUCCAUUAGAGAUUUAUUGACAAAAGGUGAAAAAAGAUUGGUGGUUUCAGUUGAUGAACUAAGAGAGUUCGAUAGAGAAUCAUGGACUGGGUUAUUGAAUGAGCCAGCUGAUUUUCUUCCAGCUUUCGAAAGAGCAUUGAGAGAUAUGGUCACAGCUAUCUAUGAUCCAAAUAAUCCAGGUUUCAAAGAAAUUGAUGAUCAAAAUCAAUUUUAUUUAGCUUUUAGAGGUGCUUUUGGUCAUCAUUCUGUCUCUCCAAGAACUAUUAGAGCUACACAUUUAUCCAAGAUGAUUUCAGUGGAAGGUAUCGUUACAAGAGCUUCUUUAGUUCGUCCAAAAGUUGUUAGAUCUGUUCAUUAUUGUGAACAUUCUGGUAGAUUUCAUGCUAGAGAAUAUAGAGAUCAAACAACUUCAUUCAAUCCAAUCACAACUGCUGCUAUAUAUCCAACAGAAGAUCCAGAUGGUUAUAAAUUAAUGACUGAAUAUGGUUAUUCAACUUAUAGAGAUCAUCAAACUAUUACAUUACAAGAAAUGCCUGAAAGAGCACCUGCUGGUCAGUUACCAAGAUCUUUAGAAGUCGUUCUUGAUGAUGAUUUAGUUGAUACUUUGAAACCUGGUGAUCGUGUUCAAAUCGUUGGUGUUUAUAGAUCCUUAGGUGGUGCUGGUAAUACAUCAUCUUCAUUUAGAACUGUUAUCUUAGCAAAUUCAGUUUAUCCAUUACAUGCUAGAUCUACAGGUGUUUCAGCUAAAGAAACAAUCACAGAUUCAGACAUAAGAAAUAUUAACAAAGUUUCCAAAAAUAGUAAAGUUUUUGAAAUGAUGUCUCAAUCAUUAGCACCAUCAAUUUAUGGUCAUGAAUAUAUCAAAAAAGCUGUUUUAUUAAUGUUAUUAGGUGGUGUGGAGAAAAAUUUAGAUAAUGGUUCACAUUUAAGAGGUGAUAUUAACGUCUUAAUGGUUGGUGAUCCAUCUACAGCUAAAUCUCAAAUUUUAAGAUUCGUGUUAAAUACAGCAUCAUUAGCUAUUGCCACUACAGGUAGAGGUUCUUCAGGUGUUGGUUUGACAGCUGCUGUUACCAUGGACAAAGAAACUGGUGAAAGAAGAUUAGAAGCGGGUGCGAUGGUUUUAGCUGAUAGAGGUAUUGUUUGUAUUGAUGAAUUUGAUAAAAUGUCUGAUACUGAUAGAGUUGCAAUUCAUGAAGUUAUGGAACAACAAACAGUUACAAUUUCCAAAGCUGGUAUUCAUACAUCACUAAAUGCUCGUUGUUCAGUUGUUGCUGCUGCAAAUCCUGUGUUUGGUCAAUAUGAUGUUCAUAAAGAACCACAUAAAAACAUUGCAUUACCAGAUUCAUUAUUAUCACGUUUUGAUUUAUUAUUUAUUGUCACUGAUGAUGUUAAUAUGGAAAGAGAUAGAUCUAUUUCUGAACAUGUUUUAAAAUCACAUAGAUUCCAACCUGCAGGUUAUGCUGAAGGUGAACCAAUCAGAGAAAAAGUUAAUUUAUCAUUAGCUGUUGGUAACGAAAAAUUAAAUCCAGAAGAUGAUGAAGAUCAAGAACAACCAGUUUAUGAAAAAUUCAAUCCAUUAUUACAUGCAGGUGCUGAAGCUGCAUUAAAUGUCAAUCAUACAAGUGGAAAACGUAAAAAACCAAAGAUUUUAUCAAUCCCAUUUAUAAGAAAAUAUGUUCAAUAUGCUAAAAAUCGUAUUGAACCAGUUUUAACAAAAAAUGCUUCUGAUUAUAUUGUUCAAACAUAUGCUGAUUUAAGAAAUGAUGAAGGUAAUGUUGGUCAAAGAACCUCUCCAAUCACAGCACGUACUUUAGAAACAUUAAUUCGUUUAUCAACUGCACAUGCAAAAGUUAGAUUAAGUAAAACUGUUGAUGUUAAAGAUGCUAAAAUUGCUGAAGAAUUAUUGAAAUUUGCCCUAUUCAAAGAGAUUGUUAAGAAAAGAACAACUAAGAAACAAAAAAGAUCCCGUCAUGGCUCUGAAAUUGAUACUGAUGAAGAAGAUGAAACUGCACAAGAAGAAGAUGAUGAUGAUGAUGAAUUAGAAGACCGUGAUGAAUUUAUCCCAGAAAGAACACCAGCAGGUUCACAAAGAAGUACAAGAAAUUCACAAAGAAUUAGACAACCUUCAAGUCCCGCUCGUUCUUCACAACCUGGUCUUAAUGAAGAUGAUUAUAUUCCACGUCAUCCAGAUGAUGAUACUCAAGAAACACAAUCUUCUCAAGUUCCUGAAGAAUUAAUAAGCGGUUUACAUAUAGAUCCACCAACACCAUUAGAACCUGCUGAAGAAGAAAACGCAGAAUCAUCAGGCCCAGCAACACCAAAUGAACCAGAACAAGAACCUGUUAGACCAUUGGCUACAGCUCAACCUAUACAGAGGGCACCAACUAUUUCACCUGAUAGAUAUAAGACAAUUUCUCAAAUUGUUGCAAUUUUAGUUCAAGGUGAAUUGUUUGAUAAUGAUGAAAGUAACUGUCCAAUAGGUUUAUUAUUAGAUGAAGUUAACAAAAAAGUUUCAACUGAAGAUCAAUUCACAGAAGAAGAAUACAAUGCCGCUCUUAAUGAAUUAGAAAAAAGAAAUCAUAUAAUGAGAGCUGACGGUAAAGUUUAUAAAGUUUAG